AUGAAUGUAACAGCAUCAAUGAUGACAUCAGCACGACCGAAAGAGAAUGUAGAUACGAGAUUUUUCUCUCAACGAGCCAAAGACAUUUCUCUAUUAAAUGAACAAAUGAAACCUGCAAUUGCGAAACCAUCAUCGCCAUCCGAAGUGCGUUUUCAAUUUUCCAAUCGAACUUAUGUGCCAAUUGCCAAGAGUUCGUCGACGUCGACAGGAAUAGAACAUGGUAAUACUACAUUACCAACUGAUUGUCGACCGAACGUAAGCAUCGGUCGUGGUCGAACAACCGUGCCAUUAUCGUCAUUCGUCUUGCAAAAAGAUAAUCUAUCGACAACGUCGCCAACAAAAGCCAAUAUGAAUUCAACGCCAAUAUUUGUUAUGCAUGAUGAAGUUCAAUUUGUUCGGCCAUAUUUUGGACCACGGAAUAGUAAUGAGAAUUCACCAACAUCUGCGUUAACUUUGCAUAAACGAGCAGUUCUUCUUUCGGCAUUGAAAGAAAUCGAGUCGGGUUUAAAAACAUUGUAA